GUCAGCUUAAGUAUAUUGAUAGUAUGCAAUUUAUGAAUUCUAGCUUAGCCACUCUUACAAAGAAUUUGGGUGAUGACUACCCAAUUACAACUGAGUAUUUCAAGAAGCAAGGCUAUUCCCCUGAACAGAUCUCCCUAGCAUAUCGCAAAGGAAUCUUUCCUCAUGAAUACAUAGACUCUCAUAACCGAUUUAAGGAAACAGAAUUACCUCUGAUUCAGUAG